AUGGAUCUCAAUACGGAUUCCGUGAGUUUUUAUUUUUGAUUUUACAGGUUCAAAUUGAGAUUGGGAAUUUUUCCUGUAGGAAAUUGUUAGGUUUUUGAGCUUUUCCUGUAUGAAAUUGUUAGGUUUUUGAGCUUUUCCUGUAUGAAAUUGUUAAAUUUUUGCUAACCAUAGGUUUAAAAAUUUUUUUUGCCAAGGAAAACAAUUGAACUUUAAGAAGAAAGAUCUCACUAAUAAUUCCCCGAUUUUUCGAAAAAAAAAUUUUUUAAGGGAACAUUUUCUUGUCAGAAACUGUCCAGAAAAUUGAUUAAAAAAAAUUUUUUUUUCAGAUUUAAUUUUUUUAGGUUUUGAAGAGUUUUAGAAUCAACUGUUCCUUUACUUUAUUCAUUUCUAAGGCUUAAUUUUUUUUUUUUCUUAAACUGAUCUAUUUUUCAUAAAUACAUACCUCUUUAAAAGACGCUUUUACUGAAAAAUCGCAUUGAAGUUUUUAAAAACAGUGUUUUUUCUUCUAAAAUUGUUCGUUUGGAACGGUUUAUAAAUAGUAAAUUGUUUAUAAAACUUGAAUUAAGGCUUUGAAACUUGUGAUUUUUUUCGAAAAAAGAAGAAAUUCGAGUCGAAGGUGUCAUUUACCUACGCAGAAUCUUUACGAAAUUUUUUUGUUUUCCGAAAAAAAUGUAUUUUCUUCAAUUUUUUUAGCUAGAGUAGCUAGAUGAAAAAAAUAUGAAAGUGCAAUUUGUGUCCCUUUUUUUCAGAAUCCCCAAAAAAAUUCAGAAACAAGUUGAGAUUGUCCAACUUUUUUUGGGGGCUUUAUUGAAGGAAAAUGAAGAUUCUUUAAUAAUUUCUCGAAAAAAACGUUUUUGCCCCUCCGCCUCCCCCGUGUGUGUAAAAAGUAAUAAAAAAAGCGUUCCCUAGUCAGAAAAGUGUUUCAAAAUGAAAUUUCCUAUUUUUCAGGUCACUCCGGAACCAGAAAGUCAAGAGAUUUUGAAGGAAAUCGGAAGUUUUGAGCUGAGCCAGAAGGUCGUCGAAAGGGAAUUGGUGAAUUUGGAAUUUUCUGGAUAUUGCUUGAAAACGAAAUUUUUUGAAUUUUGGGUUGAAUUUUUUAACUUUUUCUCUGUUGAAAUAUAGGUUGUUCCGCUGCGACUAGACAGUUUUCGCGUGUCUGCGUCUCUUUGUUCCCUCACCGGCGAGGUUAGGGAAACAUGGAAACAGCAUGUAAACAAGAGAGGGUCGUCGAGAGAUAAAGAGGGCGCAGAAAAGUCCCAAGUCGCGAAAAACGGACUAUAACUCACAUCAAAAAAGAUUCAAAAAAAGUGAUUUGUCAUUCUUUUUGGAAGAAUCAAGAGUAUUUCCGAGAAGUUUCGUUAUGCUUUUCAUUUUUGAAUUGGCGCUGAAAAACGCAGCGCGACCGCUUCGCGUACUCGAAUUCUGAGCAGGUGUCUCAACGGGUGUACCCGUAUUAAACCCGUGUUUCUGAGGUUAUUUCAGUCUCAGUUGGGUUAAAACGGGGGACAACGGGUGUAAGAAAAGUAUGUAACCCAGCUGGGCUGAAAAUUGCCAAAAGUUCUACCAACUUAUACGGGUUUAAUACGGGUGCACCCGCUGAGACCCCGUUUUAGCCCGGCUGGGUUACCCUGCUCAGCAUUUGUGUACUUUCCAUCAUUUUCAACUGUUCGAUAUCGAUGAUAAUAUCCACAGAUGUAUUGAGUUCAUCUAUAAAUGUUCUGAAACGUACCUUCAUCUGAAUUCCCAAUGAGCGCUUUUCAUUUAAAAAAUGUUUCACGUGGAAUGAUUAAUUCUGUUUAAAGCAAAAUUUUUUUUCUCCAAUCUAGAAAAGGGCAUUUUCUACUCACAUGACCAACAUUUCAAGAGUUUUCCUGAUUUUUUGAUCUGUCCUUGAGUUUUCUGAGAACUUUUUCUCAGUAAAUUUGAAGAUGUUAUGAUUUUUUGAAGCUUUCUCAAGUCCAAAAAGUUAAGGUUUUUUCCUAAAUUCGAGCGUUUUCUUGAAGUUUUCGAUCGAAGUUAUGGUUCUAGGUAAGUCAAGGGCAUCAUUCUGAAUAAUUUGAUAUCAAAUACUUGAGCUUAGGAAACCUACAACCUAAGUUAUGGUUAUACGAAGUUGAUACUCGACCAAAAUUUGAGGUAAUUCUCAAUUUUAUGAUGUUUCUCAAGGUUUUUCUGAGAAAGUUCGAUUUCUAGGUAAAUCAAGCGUUUUUUUCCGAUUCGUUCCAUACCAAAACAUUGAAUUUGGGAUAGCCAAAGCUUAUUUUAUGAUUUUUGGAAGCUUUCUCAAGUCCAAAAAGUUAAGGUUUUUUUUGAAUUCGAGCGUUUUCUUGAGGUUUUUGAUCGAAGCUGAGGUCAUAGGGAGGUCAAGACCAUCAUUCUGAAUAAUUUGACACCAAGUAACCAAAAUUAGGACACCUACAACCUAAGUUAUGAUUUUUUGAAGUUAACAAUUGACCAAAUAGUGAGGCUUUUCUCAAUUUUGAGAUUUUUAUUUCAGGUUUUCAGAGAAAUUUGCAAACUAAUUUCAGUUUUUUGUUCACAGCUAGUUUUGCAACAUAUAUUUCAAUGUCACCAUGGAUUCUCGUAUUUCCGAACGCUUUUACGUUGAUCGUUUCGAGACCUUUUCCAUAAAAAAUCACUGAAAACAGAAAAAAAAUCCGAUUUUUAUAUGGAAAAUUGGAAAAAAUUGUUGCUUUAUAGCCUUUUUUAGGACUUUGAUUAACUAGGUUUUUUUUAAAACUAACAUUUUGCGAAAUUUUUAUCAAGAAUUCAAGCCCGCCGUCAUAUUUUUCAAAAAAAUGGUUUUUGAUGCCUUAGAACCUUUCGAUUUUAAAAAAAUAAUAAAAAAAUAUUUGUUGGUUUUUCUAUCCAAGUCUGGGCGAUUUAAAAAUGGUAUUAUGUAAGAAAUUCUCUUUUUUUAGUACUAAAAAAAUUAAAUAAAAAAAUGGCUGAAAAAAAGUUAUUUUUAAUAAGAUUUUUUUCGAUUAAAAAAACCUUAAAAAAACGGACCUUACCUUUGCGAAAAAAGUUAAUUUCACGAUUUCACACCAACAAGUUGUGGUUAACGGAUAAUAUUGAUAAUAUUUGAUAAUAUUUUUCGAAAGAAACCUUUCAAAUCCAUUAAAAAAAUGUGUGUUUUGUCGAUUUUCCCACAUGAUAUUGGGACCCUGGCGUGGGCGCCCUUUUUUUCUAAAAAUUAUCCCUUUUCCCCCAUUUUUUUCUUUCUCCUUUCUUCUCCCUUGGUUUUGUAUACGUUUCCUUGCCUUUUUUUCAACAAAUUUGCGUUAUUUUUAUCAAGUAAAAUGUAGAUUUUUGUAUUUCGAAAGCCGAAAAUACAAGAAAAACGAAAAAAAACCCUCAUUUUUUGACGAUUUUUAGGUUGAAUUUUUUAUAUUUUCCAAUAAAAAUCUUCAUUUUCAACGUUUUCUUCUUCUAGACCAACACAGAAAUGCUGAUAAAAGAGGCCUUGAAUCUCCACGAACGACCCGAUGUUCAGAAUCUUUUGGUAGGAAUUUUUCUUUAUUUUUUUCUCCUGAAAAAAAGGUAUUUUCAGUACCCUCCCAAUCACAAGCCUUCCUUCCAAUGUUUGCCUCGAUUCGUUGGCUUUUUUUCGUCGGAGAUGUGGGUUAUUAAUAAUUAUUAAUUUUUCAAGCAUAAAUUGAUCAAAAUGUGGUUUUUUUAACCUUGAGGAAAGCUUGUCCUUGAGCCAGUUUCCGAAAAAAAUGAUCGAUUUUUGAAGGCUGUAAUUUUUGCCCUUUUCGCAUGAAAAAAAGUGGCUUCAAUUUUGGUGGAGGGGCGAUUUUUUUGCUCUCUUAAAAAUAUUGCGAAAUAGCCAUUUUUGUUUAAAAAAAUCUUAGAGGAAUUUGAAAAAAAGCCAAUUUUUACAGAUCAUACCUUUCAAAAACCAAAUUUGUAAGAGAAAGAUAAAUUUUAUUCAAAUUUUCGACUUUUUUUGCCCUUUUUUACGUAUCCUUGGAACUUUUAAAAGCCUUCCAAAUUCUUAUAUUCAUAUUUUUUUCUUUACCUUUGUCCUAUUGGAAACUGUGGAAAAAGAAAUUUUUCAGCUCCUAACUCGAAAUCUUAAAAAAAAGUUGAUUGUGAUUUUUGUUGGCUAGUAAAAUAGAGUAAAAUAGAAAAAAUAGAGUGAAAUGGGUAAAAAUGACCUACUCCUACUAUCAACAAGAAACCUUCUAGAUUUUCAAAGAUAAAACUAUUUUUUCCAGAAAAACAAAGAAGAUUCGAGCCUUUUCCGGCCGAUCCCCGUGUACCAUGAGUCGUUCACUUUUUCGAGUCCCGAAAAGGUUUUUAGGAAUAUUUUGGGACUAAAUGAUAUAAUAAAUUAUUUUAGGCCCAGCCAGACAAAUGGAUGGAUGAAGUGGUCCUUCAGCCAAUCGGAGACCAGGAAUCCGUUGCGAAAACGGUGAGAAUCUUCAAAAACUAGUAUAAUCGAUGGGAAUGGCUUGGAAGCGUCGCGGUCGCGUUGCGGUUACUUUCAUUGCGCCCGACCUUGAGCGGCGCAAGAAGGUUCUGGUCUGGCGCACGCUUUGAACUGCCCAAGGUUUUCUUAAAACCCCCAGAGUGAUCACUAAAGGGGAAAGGGGAAAAGACACUAUGGUUGACAAAAUAAUGCUCCUAGAUGGCUUGGCAGUCCUUAUUGGUGUUUAGGUUUUGACCUCUUAGCUCCUCAAGUGGUCUCUAGAGUGGUCUUCCAAUUUUUUGGCCUGGUUUUAAAGGUAAAAAGACGUAUAGAAAAACCUAGCAUUUUCCCUAGAGUGGCCACUUUUGCAAGCUUUAAGGCCCCUAUAGGAGGAGGUAAAGUGGCCCCUUGAGGGGAUCUAUACUAGCCCCUCUAGUAGUCAUUCUGGCUUUACUGAGGUUUAUCGGCUCGAAGCGUUGCGGUUAGGGACCGCAAAGCCACGCCCCUUUUCGCGAUAGAAAAAGUGGCUUUUUUUUGGUUUUCAACUUUCAUUUUGUUGUAGUUGCAAAAUAUGUGGAACUGGCUAAUAAAAUUUGACACACAUGUACAGAAAAGCUUCCUCUUUCGUUUAAAAAAUAUUUCACGCUUUUUUGAUGCGUUCUCGCGGAAUGUCGUACAAAAACGUGAAUGGGACUAAAAAUUUUUGUCAUUUUUUGCUUUUUUAUGUGUUUUCAGGUCGAACGCACUCUUUCUUUUUUCAUAUAAUGAUUUUGAUUCAAGUAACGGUAAUUUUAAAACAAUAAAAUAAAAAAAUUCGUCUUUGCCAAACAUUUUAGGGAGUGCCGAAAGUCAUAAUUCAAAAAUAUCGUUAAUAAGCGAAUAUAAUCGAGUUUUUUUGUUUUUUUCAAAAACUUAGACCAUGGGCUUACUUAAAUUUUUUUCUCCACAGCAUCUGCGCUUGAAAAAAAGUUGUUUAAUACACAAAAAAAUGCUCUUGAAACUAGAUAAUAAAAAUUAGCGGCGUUUAUCACACAGAAAAGCGGUCGAACGCAGGUUUUUUUAAACGAUUAUAUACAUUUAUUAGUGAAAAAAAUCUUUCAAUUGAAAGAAUAAAAUAAAAAAAUUCGUCUUUGCCAAAAAAAUUUACGGGGCUGUUUUUAAGGCAGCGAUCGUUAAACGAGGAAAAAAGCACUAAAAAAACAGUUUUUUCAAAGUGAAUUUUCACGGAAAGUUUGAGUGAAGAUUUGCGAACAUAUUCUGAUAAAAAUAGCUGAAAUACUUCAAGUUUUUAUUUUUGAAAUAGGCAAUCUGUGCUAUUCAAACGGCUCAAGGGUAUGGCGGAUGGAGGCUCCCUUCGCUAGACCUGACAGCUUGGCGCAGCGCGUGCGCUGCGAACUUUCAUUUUAAGGUCGCGAGUUCGAUGCCCGCAAGCGUCAGUAUUUUUGUUUUCUGGAAAAUACCGACUUUUUCGGCAAACUAGCUGAUGAGCAUCAUUUUAGCACUCUAUUAUGAUUUGUUACAUCAUAAUAGACCAGUAUCAAAAUUUGUUCUAGAAGAAAAAAAUCGAGAAAAAAAUGUCAAAAAAAUGGAUAAUACCAAAAAUUUUCAGUACUAAAAAAAUGGUGCGCGGCGCGCCACAUUUUUCGUCAUAACUUUUUUCAUCCUCAAUCUUUUUCGAAAAACUAAACGGUUCUGAGUUUUGAAUCAAAACAGCUAUCAAACCAUACAAAGCUCAAUGCUGAAAAAUUUUUUUUGAAAAUUCGUCUGCGGUCCCUAGUUGCGGUUCUUCCCAUCUUUCUUUGCGCCCGACCUUGAGCGAUUUUAGCUGAAACGGCGCAAGUAGUUUCAGGUCUGGCGCACGCUUUGAACUCUCUACAAGGUUUUCUAAAAACUGCCAGAGUGGUCACUAAAGGGGUAAGCAAAAAAAAGACACUGUAUUCGACUCCCUAGAUGGCUCAGUUGGUCCUAAUAGGAGUUUAGGGCUUGACCUCUAAGCUCCUAAAGUGGUCUAUCAAUUUUCGUCCUUAUUUGCAAGGUAAAAAGACGUAUAGAGACAACUAGCAUCCCUAGAGUGGCCACUUUUGCAAGCUUUAACGCCCCUAUAGGAGGCGAGGUGGCCCCUUGAGGGGAGCCUAUACGAGCCCCUCUAGUGACCACUAAUCGGCUCGAAGCGUCGCGGUCGCGCUGCGGUUCUUACCUCAAAACUGCGCCCGACCUUGAGCGGCUUUUGUGUUUCUUUAUACUAGAGAAGGCUUCCGCGCAAGUAGUUUCUGGUCGGCUGCACUGAGAAUAUGAAAAUAACUACUACGAGGCGAUUUGAAAGCAUUUCAAGUGAUGAGAAAGCUGUGAAAAUGCUUAAAUUAAUGAUUUUAGGUUGAUAUUUUGCUUCAAAACGGCCUCGAAAUGCCUCCGAAAGCCUGA